AUGAGAAAGUUAAGGUACCUUGAUCUUUCUGGAGCUGGAUUUACCGGAAUGAUUCCUUAUCAACUAGGAAAUCUCUCUGACUUAGAUAUCUUGAGUCUUGACGUAACUUAUCUGCACAGAAUGGCUACACCUCAUCUCGCUUCAAAAAGCAGCAGUCCACUAUGGUAUGCUGUAAGACGAACACCUGCUCAUAUCAUUGUACUAUCCAGCUAUUCUCCGGAUGUGAAAUAUACACAUCAAUGGCGGUGGGUGAGAGGAGAGCUGAAAAGAGUGGAGAGGGAGAAGACAUCUUGGCUUAUUGUGAUCAUGCAUGUGCCCAUCUACAAUAGUAAUGUAAAGCACUACACGGAAGGUGAAAGCAUGCGAACUGUUUUUGAGAACUGGUUUGUCAAGGCAAAAGUUGAUUUCAUCUUUGCCGGCCACGUUCAUGCCUAUGAAAGAUCAUAUCGCAUCUCAAAUAUACACUACAAUAUAUCAAGAGGUGACCGGUAUCCAGCACCUGACAAAUCGGCUCCAGUGUAUGUAACAGUUGUUUACGAAGAUUUUGAUGGUGAUCCUGUGGGUUGCGAUUACGAUAAUAACAUUUGCUUAUAUCUUCUCUCUAAUAUGCAUUAG